GUGAACAAACACAAGUGGAUCUGGAAACUGCUAUCGUCUUAUUUCCCAUCAAAAUACCGGCCAAGAUUUAGCAUUAUGACAUCUGUUUUCUUGUAUGUCCCCAAUAUCAUUGGGUAUGUACGUCUGGCCUUGGUGUUCAGUAGUUGUUUCUUCUACUCAACCAACGCUGUUGUCUUCAUUAGUCUAUUCCUCGCUCAGACUAUACUCGAUGGAUUCGAUGGUGCACUGGCAAGAAAACUUAAACAGACCUCGGCAUUUGGUGCAUGGUUUGAUGUGGUCAUCGACAACUUAGGACGGGGUAUGCUGUGGUGUAGACUUUACAAAUGGGGCUAUUUUAUAGCAGCCAUCGAGUGGUUGGUGUUUGUCUGUACACACAGUCUGGGUACUGAGUGGAAGUCAGCUAAAGUCCAAGCCCCAUGGAUUGUCCAGAAAGUCAUGGAAAAAAAUUUCAAGACUCCACAAGGGACAUUCACUGUUCUAGGUCUAUUUGUUCUACCUCUCUGGCUCUAUGCACAUUAUACGGGUGUCCUGGGCAAGACGUUAAGAGUGCCCAUCUCCGUGCAGUACGCUGGCAUUGCAUUCCUCAGUGCUGGAAGGGCGCUCGGUUUUGUGGUCGAGUCCUUCUUCAUCUACUCGCACAUAAUGUACUUGACAAAGGAUGAAAACAAGUAACAUUAUAUCUGAGACUGACCAUGGAUAUCUACGUACAUGGAGAGCUGCCAACGGACAGAAUGCUGAAAGCGAUGAGAUAUCCAAGAUGGAGGAUAUACUAUUAUGGAGAGCAAGGAAGACUGUAAUAAAGUCUUCCUCUUCAUCUGAAAUCAUCACCAUGAGAAGAGAGAUUCAAACAGAGAUUUAAGACAUAUGAUCUGAAGUUCUUUGCACUCAUUAAUUGAACACUGCCUUAGCAGAGUAAAUUGUAUGGUAUUUAAAAUAAAUUAUAUUUUAUAAAUUGUAUAAUAUAUGGAGUCCAAUGUGGACCCUGUGGACCCACAGAGAAGGCACUGUAUGAGUGUAUUAUAUGCCUUCGCAACGAAGUAGCCCGAGGCAUUAUGUUUACAGGUUGUCUGUCCAUCCGUCUGUACAUCGUGUUCUUAUGAUCGCGUUAUCUCAGGAACCGAUUCAUGUAUUCCCACCAAACUUGAGUCAUGUAUGUAUCUUGCAAAGCGAAUGAACUGAUUAAAUUUUAGGGUCAAUUUUAGAGGCAUCAUUUUCAACUGUGCGCAUUAUUAUUGUCAUUAUUAUUUCUAGUAUUAUUAUUAUUAUUAUUCAUAGUAGUAGUAGUAGUAUCAUUAAUUAUUUUAUUAGUUUUAUUGUUCGUAAUGAUUGUGUAAACUUGUAAAAUAAAUAAAUGGAAAUAAUAAUAAUAAUAAUAAUAGUACAGUACAUUACGCAUAAUACAUUUAUUAACAUCUCUAUGCGCUGUAGGAAAAAUGAAAAAGAAAAAGUAAAUACUUGUCUCGUAAGGAAAAAGGAAACCAUAUUCACUGAACUCACAUUUGCACUAAAUAGAACUGUACAUUUAUAAGUGGAACUCAAACAGAGAAACAUAGAUCACAUUUAAUUUUAGGUUCCUUACCUGUAAAACCAAAAUGAAAAACAGGCACAACUUCUAAAUCAUGUUCUAAUGUGAGUUAUGUGUGUAUUGUUGUACAUUCCAAUGAGAAGACAAUACAUUCCAUGAUGUUUGUAUAUUCUUAUGAAAUUAAAUGCAUUAUUAUGGCUGUACUGUUUUCAAGUUUUCUACACGACUUCUAGAACAUUAUUUUGUAUAUUGUUCCAUGUUAUGGUAGUCAAAAUAUUAUGGACAAAUUAAAAUGUAUGUAUUUUGUGGGCUGCACAAAUGAAUUUAAAUUCUACCUCAGGAUAUGGAAUGAUUUUUAACUCUUAUUUGUUAACUAUUCUACUGCAGUCCACAGAUAGGGUUAGGGUUGGUUUGUUUUAUACUUGAUGGUGGCACAAUGGAAUUUACAUUUUGGCUCAGGUUGAACAUUAUAGUGAUUUUCAGCUCUUGUUUGUUCAAUAUGUGUAUUUUGCUUAAUAACUUAGAAUAAUAGGUAUCAACUGAAAUCAAAGAAAAUGUGCCAACAGUUUUUUGGGGCCUUACAAAAACAAUGCAUUUUGAUACUGAUAAUUUUAGCAGAAAUAACUGUUGAGGUCUUUACCAUUUUAAGGACAGUGUCAUUUUUGUUAUUUACAUUUUCGUUUUUCAGAAGCAUAACAUUUCAUUUUUAGUAGUAGUGUGACUAUCAAACCCUAGAAAUCUUCCAAUAGCUUGACUGUUUGUCCUUUUAGUACAUUAACAAAAAAAGAAAAAAAGAAAUGAAAUAAAAUAAACUGAUGCAGCAGGGAAAUCUUCCUUCUGCAAUUUUUGUCAGUAAAACUCAAUCGUGGUCAGCAAA